AUGAAUAGUAAAGAUAAUAGUAAUAUUGGUGAUGAACCAUAUUUGUCGAUACCAGACUCAGAGAUUGUCGUCCCACUGGCAAUUGACAGCUUCUUGAGAAAGAAGUUGAAGGAACAGACAUUGGUAGAUUGUGAAGUACCCGUCAAGGAGUUUGCAAGAUGUACAGAGGAUAAACUGUUAUCAGUCAUAUGGGAAUGUAAAGAACUACAACAAAAGAUGAAGGAUUGUUUAAGUGCACAUACUACACCAGAGAGAUUGAUGGAAUUGAAGAGAGAAUGGAUAAAUCAUACAAAGAAGAAGAUGUACGAGAAGAAGAUGAAGGAUGAAGUGUUGACAACAUCGAUGUCAUCAGACGAUAAACAAUCAAAGUAG